CCAGAAGGAAUACAGGAACACCUGCAGCUGAAUGGCUGGAAUAUUUCGGAAGUCAUGCGAGUGCACUCAACGGAUUAAGCUUUUCUGUAUAAAAGAGCCGCGUGUCUGGUCUCUCACCACUCCUGAGCUGCUCUGAGAAGCUUCAGUAGCCUCCACUCACAAUGGCAACCACCUUCUCCAGCCGCGUCUCCAUGUCCUCUGGAUCAUCCAUCGCAGGGGGUAUGUCAUCUGGGCUCUCGCUGUCCGGAGGUGGAGCUCGCUUGAGCGUCAUGCGGGCCGGCAGUGUCUACGGUGGAGCAGGAGGAUCUGGAGUUCGCAUCUCCAGCGCCGGUGCAGGUUUCGGCGUUGGGGCAGGGUUCGGUGGGGGUGCAGGGUUCGGGUUCGCUGCUGGUGGUGGCGGCGGCGGCGGCGGUGGCUUCAGUCUGAUCGCUGGUGGUGCAGCUGGCAGCGAGAAAUUCACCAUGCAGGACCUGAACGGACGUCUGGCGGCCUACCUGUCCAAGGUGCAUUCCCUGGAGAAGGCCAACGCCGAGCUGGAGCUGAAGAUCAGACAGUUCCUGGACGCUAAGAUCGGACCAGCUGUGCAUGACUUCUCUGGCUUCAUGGCCAUCAUCAAUGACCUCCAGGCAAAGAUUACGGCGAUCAUCGGUUUCAGAGGAGGAGCUGUGCUGGCCAUUGACAACGCCACACUGGCAGCUGAUGACUACAGAGUCAAAUUUGAGGCAGAGCAGGCCAUGCGUCUCUCCGUUGAGGCUGACAUCGCUGGACUCAAGAAGGUCCUGGAUGACCUCACCCUCUCCAAAUCUGACCUCUCCCUGCAGUUCACUUCCAUUCAGGAUGAGAUCGCCUUCUUGAGAAAGACCCACCAGGAGGAACUCGUGGCUCUUCGUGCACACGUUGGCCAAACAGUAAACGUGGAGGUGGACGCUGCUCCUCAGGAUGACCUCAUGGCAGUCCUGGCCGGCGUCCGUGAACACUACGAGGCUGUGGCCGUCAAGAACAGAAAGGAGCUGGAGGUGUGGUUCCAGGCCAAGACGGAAGCACUCAGCAAAGAAGUCCUCACAAGCACAGCUGUUCUCCAGACGUCCACCUCAGAAGUCACAACCCUCAAGAGCACAGUGCAGGCACUUCAGAUCGAGCUGCAAGGCAUCAGCAGCAUGAAAGCGUCCAUGGAAGUGACCCUGGCAGAGACACAGACCCGCUACGCUAGCAUGCUGGCCGGCUUCCAGGUACAGGUGAGCAGCCUGGAGGAACAGCUCGCCGCCCUCCGCGGAAGCCUUGAGCGCCAGGGCUACGAGUACGCCAUCCUGCUCGACAUCAAGACCAGACUGGAGCUGGAGAUCGCCGAGUACAGAAGACUGCUCGACGGAGACGCGUACGCCGCCUCUUCGUACUCGACUAUAUCGUCUUCUUCAGCGUUGUCGUCAUCAUUGUCGGCAUCAUAUUCGGCAUCGGCCUCCGCAGCGGCAGCAGUAUCAGCAGUGGUAGUAGCGCCCGUGGCCACCACACGUACCAGAGUGGUGACAGUGACGGAGGAGCUGGUGGAUGGAAAGGUGGUGUCCUCAUCCUCCUCCUCCUCCAUGGUCGCGUAAGGAGGUGCCUCCACCGAGUUUCUAAAGCCCUGAUCCACGACACCUGUUGAUUCACCUGAGCUCAAGGCAGGUUUUACCAUGCAGUUUAGCACGGGUUAUCUGUAAUGUCAAGUCAGAAUAACUACCAAUAAAACAAGAGCCCUCUAAA